AUGUCAACAGAUGCAGGACCCGGCUCUAAGCAAGGAGUAAUGCUUGACGUCGAGCAUAGUGAAAAGUUGGCCCAGGAGGAGACUGUCGUUACAGGUGACUACUCCGGUGCAGAAGAGAAAACCGACCCAGUCGAAAUCGCCCUAGUCCGCAAGCUCGAUCCCUCUCUUAACAUUGGAAAUAGCUCGACCGAAAUGCUUUACCACAAGCUCGACUUAACACUCUGGAAGAAGACCUAG